AUGAUAUCGUCUUCGGAGAUACUGGGUAUCAUCGUGGCAUUUGCGCCCGUACUUGUGUGGUAUCGCCGUUCCUACAAACGGCUCCCGUACCCGCCUGGACCUCCUCGGCAUAUGUUGAUCGGUAACCUGCGCCAAGUUCCCAAAUCCCACCCCUGGUUAACUUGGACUGAAUGGACAAAGGUUUUCGGGCCCGUCAUAUGUUUACGCGUCUUCUCGAGGACCAUUAUCAUUCUGUCCUCCGCGCAGACCGUCUCUGACCUUCUGGACAAUCGAUCGGAAAUAUACUCUGGUCGGCCGUCGUCCGUGUUCUACUGCGAAAUGAUAGGACGCGAACUGGAGCUGUUCUCAAUAUCGGACACACACCCUAGGUUCAAGCCCUACCGCAAACUCCUCACUGCCACCCUGAACUCUCGUACCGUCGUCAAGUAUAGGGAACUCCCGCAAAAGGAGGCUCUCGUGUUGAUGCGACGGAUCGCCGUCUCUCCCGACGAAUGGCUUCGACACGUUCGCCGAGACGCAGCCGCCAUUGCUCUCCUCCUCGCCUACGGAUAUCCACUACAGGAAGAAGGAGAAGACCCGAUGAUGGACGUAAUAGAAGAGGCUGGCAAUAUCGCGAGCCAGGCAGGUCAAACCGGAAGGUGGAUGGUCGACGUGAUCCCUGCUUUACGAUACGUACCGGACUGGGUACCUGGGGCAGAAUGGAAAAAGGUGGCAAAGGAAUGGAGGCACAAGAUGGUCCAGUUCUCGCUCGUGCCGUUUCAGAGGUGCAAGGACGAAAUCGCCAAGGGGACGUACAACCCUUGCUUCGUAUCGAGUUGCCUCUUACCCGAGGACGGUCAUGAAAUGGAUGAGGAGGAGGAAAACACCGUCCGGUGGGCCGCUGACGCGCUCUUCGCAGGUGCCGCUGAUACGACCGUCGCGCCCAUCGGAACAUUUGUUCUCGCCAUGCUCCUGAAUCCUUCUAUCCAAGCUCACGCGCAAGCCGAGAUUGAUGCUGCCAUCGGCGGAUGUGGAGAACGAUUGCCAACGCUGGCCGAUAAAGAUGACAUGCCGUAUGUGCAAGCUGUGAUCAAAGAACUGUACAGAUGGAAGCCACCUGCUCCUAUUGGUCUACCGCAUAUGGCCCUCGAAGAUGACAUAUACAAGAAAUAUUCGAUCCCCAAGGGCUCGGUCGUGUUUGCCAAUAUCUGGGCGAUUAUGCGAGACGAAACGAUGUAUCCCGAUCCGGAAACAUUCAACCCCGACCGUUUCCUCGGCGACAAUGCUCAGCCAGACAGUAAGAAGUUUGCGUUCGGAUUCGGUCGGCGUUCGUGCCCUGGAAUGCAUUUCGCCGAAGCAUCGGUAUUCCUGAACAUCACGUACAUGUUGGCCAGUUUUGUUAUCAAGCCGACGUCCGAAGGAGAAUAUCUCAAGUAUGCCUACACGGCGAAUCUCGUCAGUCGUCCAGAACCGUUCAAGUGUCAAUUCGUGCCGAGGCCUGGCGCAGCAAAGUGGCUGUCGGACUAGCGAUCCGGCGCAAGCACGAUCCUGAAGGUUGCGGUACAUGAUGUAAUAUGCAUGCAGCCUGAUAACACAGAUCACCCAUCGGAAGUCACCC